UUCUAGAAAACAAAUGUCUGGAGCCAGGGGGACUUUUGAAAAUGUCAUAGAGAUCAUGUUCAGCUGGAAGAUCUUGAAAUAGUUUAAUUUUGGACUGCAAGUAAUGUAUAAUUUGUAAGUACCUAUAGAAAUGUGAAUUGGUAAAGUUAAAGUUUUGUUUAAGUUGAUUAAAUGAUGCAAAUUAGUUAUCUAUGUAUAAAUCUUCAAGUUUAGUCAAACCUCUCUCAUUCCAUUCCUGAUACAAUUUGUCAUCCCAAGGAGGCAAGAAAGAGUGAUUAUGGCUGUUCUGUUAUGAGUAAAAGUUAUGGUGUUUAAUGAAUGUUUUAAAUCUUCUUAUAAUGGACUGAUUAUUUUGAGCGUGUUUUUGGAGACCUCUAGCGAUCGCGCCGGGCAUCGUUGUUCAGCCCACUUGUUUGAAAAAAUCUUUAUUGAAAAGUGCACGUGCAGAAGCAGAAAGAACCCGCUAGCAUGCAUGCACUUCGUUGUGUCAGGGGAAGGACUUUGCUGCAUUCGUUUCAAGUGAGAGGUUGCAUCGCCAGUACGUGCUUAAAAUUUAAUUUUGGAACAUUUGAUUUUCUAUAAAAGAAACAUGUUUAUCAGUCUAUUAUUUUUGGAGUUUGUAAAAUUAUGAUGCAAUGCUAUGCAUACAUAUAUGCUAAUUGUAUUGACCAUUUGCUUUCAGUUUUACCCUUUUAAGUAUCAUUAAACCUGCUGACAACGUUCGACGGUCUCCAGAGUCGUGAUAUGAGAAAGGUGUUCAAAGGCUCCUGCAUUGGACAUGCAUGAAACAGCACAGUAAAACGGCGGCAUCCGGAUGUGACGAAGUCAACAUAGUCCAGGUACACUAGAGUGAAGCUGACCACUACUACGCCUCAACGCAACACGGCAUACAGCAGUGAUCCAGCAGUCGUCACCUAGUCAACUCCACCAUGUCCAACAAAGCGUCAUCCUUCAAGACACGAUCAGAGGCUUCGUGUACCUCCUCCACGGGUUCUGCAGCAGCUAAGGCAAGAGCAAAGGCUGAAGCGGCCAAAGCCCGCCUCAGUUUUGCAGCUAAAGAAAUGAAUUUGAAAGUGGAAAAAGCCCAAAUUGAAGCAUCACUUGAAAUUCUAAAACAAGAAAAGGAUGUAGCUUCAGCCGUAGCUGAAGCAGAGGCAUUAGAAGCAGCAGUCGCCUCUCAUUCAGAAGUGAGGAGCAACCCAUCUUCCUCUGUAACAGCUGAACGCACCAGACAAUAUGUCAUGAGCCAGGCUUCACUUUUAAAGGAAGAAGGGGACACUGCUCGUCAGCCAACACAAGAUGAAAAUGCACCUCGAGGUAAGCCAGAUCCCACCAGCAACCAGUCAUUACACAUGACAAGAGAGAAGGAUUCACAUCAAAUUCAAGUUGGCCUUCCAAAUUAUGCUGACCAUGUGCCAAACUCACCAGUCCCUGCUCCUUUUUCCCAUGGCAAUAAAAGUUACAGUCCCCACCGUUCAAAUCGACCACCUUCACCUGGCUUCUAUGGCACAAAUCCCCCUCAUCAAAAAUCCAGAAACUCUAAUGAAAGCGAUUUCAUUAAAUACUUUGCACGUCGCGAAAUAGUGGCAUCAGGACUGCUCCAGUUCAAUGAUGAACCCCAAAGUUUCAGAGCUUGGAAACGCUCAUUUGUAAACGCAAUAAAUGGGUUAGACCUCACAGCAAGUGAGGAGAUGGACUUGAUGUUAAAGUGGCUCGGCAAAGAAUCUGCUGAACACGCAGAGCGAAUCAGAGCUAUACACAUUAACAAUCCAGUGGAUGGUCUCAACAUGAUAUGGGACAGACUUGAACGAUGUUAUGGCUCAGCCGAAGUGAUUGAAGAUGCACUUUUCAAAAGAAUUGACACGUUUCCCAAAAUUACAUCUAAAGACUACACAAAACUUAGAAAGUUUAGUGACCUGCUGAUGGAAAUGCAGAGUGCUAAGGCGGAAGGAGACCUCCCUGGUCUUGCCUUUUUAGAUACAGCGAGAGGGGUGAAUCCUAUUGUGCAAAAACUCCCUUUCAACCUGCAAGAGAGGUGGAUUUCAGUAGGAGCUAGCUACAAGCGGGAAAGAGGUGUAUCCUUUCCUCCAUUUCAUGUUUUUGUGGACUUUGUCACUCAGGAAGCUAACUCGAGAAAUGAUCCCAGCUUUAACUUUACAUUAACCCAAGAUGCAGUAAAAUCAGACAAACCACCUUGGAAGGGAAACAGACAAAGAGAAAUAUCAGUACAGAAAACAACAGCUGUCCCUCACUUUACCUCAAACUCACAAAGAUAUGCAGACCGACAUUUUGACAUUGAGAAACUUUGCCCUAUUCAUAAGAAGCCCCACCCUCUUUCCAAAUGCAGAGCGUUCCACAUGAAAACACUGGAGGAGAGAAAGACGUUUUUAAGAGAGAACAAUAUAUGCUUCAAAUGCUGUGCUUCCUCGUCACACGUUGCUAAGAACUGUGAAGCGAAGGUGCAGUGUUCUGAGUGCAACAACGAGAAACACUGCACUGCUCUCCAUGCAGGACCAGCACCCUGGUUGAAAGAAACUGAACCUGCAGCAGAGCACGGCGGGGAGCUGGACUCCGCUCAACUGGAAGAAAUUUCUUCCAAAUGCACACAGGUUUGUGGGGCAAAUGAAGCAGGGAGAUCAUGCUCUAAAAUCUGUCUUGUCAAAGUGUAUCCGGCAGGAAACCCAGAACGAGCAAUAAGGCUCUAUGCCAUUCACGAUGAACAAAGUAACAGAUCGUUAGUGCGGCCAGAGUUUUUUGAGUUGUUUAAUGACCGUGGCCCCAGUUCUCCUUACUCACUUAAGACAUGUGCAGGUACAAAGGAGAUAAUGGGCAGGAGAGCUACAGGUUAUGUUGUGGCAGCCGUAGACGGUUCAGUCCACAUCCCGCUACCUACUCUCAUUGAAUGCAAAAACAUCCCAAAUGACAGAGACGAAAUACCCACGCCCAGCGCAGCCAUGCACCACAACCACCUUAAGUCAGUAGCCCAUCUAAUCCCCGAACUUGACGUUAAUGCCCCCAUUCUGAUGCUUCUUGGACGGGAUGCCAUUAGAGUCCACAAAGUAUGCAAACAGAUAAGUGGCCCUAACAACGCACCUUAUGCACAAAAAUUAGAUCUGGGAUGGGUCAUUGUGGGAAAUGUGUGCUUAGGCGAUGUCCACAAAACUCUUGCGGUAAAGACUUUGUUCACAAACGCAACUGAGAAGGGCCGCCCCACAAUGUUCGAACCAUGUCCCAACGUUCUCAAUAUAAAAGAAAGACAAUGUGAAAUACAAGUUCCGUUCAACUUCACUUCCCAGUUUGCAGACGGUGCCUGUGAAAUUGAUCAUCUUGGAUGCAAUGUGUUCAAACAUACCAAGUAUGACAAUUACCUCUCACCUUCCAUUCAGGAUAAUGCUUUCUUAAAAAUAAUGGAAGAAGGACUAAAAAAAGAUGCAGACAACAGCUGGACAGCCCCAUUACCGUUCAAAUUGCAGCGCCAAAGGCUACCUAACAAUAGAUCACAGGCCUUUAACCGCCUAAUGUCGUUAGUCCGCAACUUUGAAAAGAGAAAGGAAAUGAAAGAACAUUUCAUCACCUUUAUGGACAAACUAUUCGAAAACAAACAUGCAGAAAUUGCCCCCCCACUAGCAGACGGAGAAGAAUGUUGGUAUUUACCACUUUUUGGUGUCUACCACCCUCGUAAGCCUAAACAGAUUAGGGUCGUCUUUGACAGCAGCGCCAAGUAUGAAGGUGUUUCGCUGAACGAUGUGUUACUAACAGGCCCAGACCUUAAUAACUCAUUGUUAGGCGUUUUAAUGCGUUUCAGAAAAGAAGCUGUUGCAUUCACAGCAGACAUCGAACAGAUGUUUUACUGUUUUAAUGUGCGAGAGCAAGACAGAAACUACUUGCGGUUCUUGUGGUUUCGCGACAAUGAUCUUUCCAAAGACCUCAUUGAGUGUAGGAUGAGGGUCCAUGUCUUUGGGAAUAGCCCAUCGCCAGCAGUGGCUAUAUACGGCUUACAUCAGUCCGUUUUACAAAACGAGCCAGACUGUGAUCCAGAUGUCAAACAGUUUGUCACGCGUGACUUCUACGUGGAUGAUGGACUUCAAUCCCUACCCACUGUCGAAAUGGCUGUAUCUCUACUUCAAAGAACUCGUGAUACCCUCGCAGACUCAAAUCUACGACUGCAUAAGAUAGCAGCUAACAGAAAGGAAGUGUUGGAAGCAUUCCCUUCACAAGAUCAUGCUAAAGAUCUGAAAGAUCUAGACUUUGACAAAGAUGUAGUCCCUAUCCAACGCAGCCUUGGUCUUCUUUGGGACUUAAGCAAAGACUGCUUCACCUUUAGAGUGUCAGACGAAGCAAAGCCUUUUACUAGGCGAGGCGUUUUGUCAACAAUCAACAGCCUAUAUGAUCCGCUAGGCUUUGUGGCACCUGUCACUGUACAGGGAAAGUUUAUCCUCCGCAAAUUCACGGUGAAUAGUGGUGACUGGGAUGCUCAAUUGCCCCCAGAAAUGGAAGAGUCUUGGUCUCUCUGGAAAGAUUCGCUCAAGGAACUGUCUAACCUUACUGUUCCUAGAGUAUACACAGACAUUUCUCCCUCAAAGGCCACAAAAAAGGAGUUGUGUGUUUUUUCGGAUGCGUCAACUAAGGCCAUAGCUGCAGUAGCCUAUUUAAGGGUAACAGAUGCAGAAGGGAACUGCCAAGUAGGUUUUGUUAUGGGCAAAGCAAAGCUAACACCACGACCAGACCAGACUAUACCAAGACUUGAACUAAGUGCGGCCGUGUUAGCAGUGGAGCUUGCAGACCUCAUCUCAGUUGAACUCGACAUUGAACUAGACUACACUACAUUCUAUACAGAUAGUAAAGUAGUUCUAGGUUAUAUCUACAACGAGACUAGAAGAUUCUAUGUCUACGUCAGUAAUCGUGUCUCCAGAAUUCACAAAUCCUCUCAUCCAAAUCAGUGGCGUUAUGUAGCCAGCAGUCAGAAUCCUGCAGAUCACGCCACGCGUUCUCUUUCUGCAUACCAACUGCCCCUUUGCAACUGGUUCACUGGCCCUGACUUCUUGCUCCAUCAUUUAAGUCCUCCAGACGACUCUUAUGACCUUGUAGAGCCUAGCAUGGACUCAGAGGUACGACCCCAGGUGACUGCACUGAAAACUACAGCCACAUCCAAGCAACUCGGAUCUAACAGAUUUACAAAGUUUUCCACCUGGAAGUCUCUCACACGUGCUAUCACACGUCUCAUACACACAAUUUGUAAUUUCAAGUAUUCACCAAACAAAGACAACCACUGCCGUGGGUGGCACUAUUGCAAGACAGGACUCGUUGUUGACGAGUAUGAUCAAGCUCAAAACAUCAUCAUUCAAGCAGUGCAACAGGAUGUUUACGAACAGGAAAUCAAAUGUAUACGGAAACAAGAGGAACUACCCAAAACCAGUCCUCUCAAAAACCUGGACCCCUAUUUGGAUGAAAAGGAGCUUCUCAGAGUAGGUGGUCGUAUCAGUAACUCAAGUCUAAGUCAAGCUGAAAAGAACCCACUCAUUGUCCCUGGCCACCAUCAUGUUGCAACUCUCCUCAUAAUGUAUUUUCAUGAGAAGACUCAUCACCAAGGCCGCCUAUUCACAGAGGGAGCUGUUCGUUCUGCUGGAUGGUGGAUAGUGGGUGGCAAAAGAAAGGUGAGCUCAGUAAUCCAUCACUGCAUAACUUGCAAAAGACUCCGUGGCCCACUGAGCACACAAAAAAUGGCAAAUCUCCCUCCAGAUCGCCUCACAACUGACCCUCCAUUUACAAAUGUAGGUUUAGAUGUGUUCGGCCCAUGGCUUGUGUCUUCCAGACGCACAAGAGGAAGUGUCAACCAAAACAAAAGAUGGGCUGUCAUAUUCACCUGCUUAAGCGUUAGAGCAGUUCACAUCGAAGUAAUAGAUUCACUUGACACAUCCAGCUUCAUUAAUGCAUUCAGGCGAUUCAUGGCCACGAGGGGACCCGUGAAAAGCAUUCGCUCAGAUCGUGGCACUAACUUUGUCAGUGCAUGUAGAGAGCUCAAAUUUCCCUCAAACCUUGACGACACAGCUGUACUCACUUACCUGAAGGAACAUGGAUGCACAUGGACAUUUAACCCUCCACAUGCUUCCCAUUUCGGUGGAUCAUGGGAAAGAAUGAUUGGACUAGCCAGGAGAAUAUUGGACUCUAUGUUUUUUCAGCUCAAGACCACUAAACUCACUCAUGAUGUCCUUGUCACCUUUAUGGCAGAGGUGGCAGCCAUUAUCAACUGCACACCUCUUGUCCCAGUUUCAUCAGACCCAAACGACCCUUUCGUCUUGACCCCAGCCACUCUUCUAACUCAAAAGGAGACCUCUCUUCAAGCCCCAGCUGGAAACUUCACAGCAUCAGACCUUUACAAGCAUCAGUGGCGCCAGGUCCAACACUUGUCAAAUUUGUUUUGGGACAAGUGGAAGAAAGAGUUUCUUCAUACUCUUCAACCUCGUCGCAAGUGGCAGAAUACCCAACCUAACAUGAGUGUAGGAAGUGUUGUUGUGCUCAAAGACUGUCAAGUACCAAGAAACGAAUGGCCUCUUGGACUCAUAACUCAUGUGUUCCCGAGCAAAGAUGGCAAAAUACGUUCUGUAGAAGUUAAAAUUGCCAAAUCAGAUGGUACAAGGUGCUUUACUAGACCUAUUUCUGAGGUCGUCCUUUUGGUUCCCUCAUAAGAUGUACUUGUUAUUUUCUAAUCCUGAAAAGUGGCAUUUACUCAUGCCAGGCGGGGAGUGUUCUGUUAUGAGUAAAAGUUAUGGUGUUUAAUGAAUGUUUUAAAUCUUCUUAUAAUGGACUGAUUAUUUUGAGCGUGUUUUUGGAGACCUCUAGCGAUCGCGCCGGGCAUCGUUGUUCAGCCCACUUGUUUGAAAAAAUCUUUGUUGAAAAGUGCACGUGCAGAAGCAGAAAGAACCCGCUAGCAUGCAUGCACUUCGUUGUGUCAGGGGAAGGACUUUGCUGCAUUCGUUUCAAGUGAGAGGUUGCAUCGCCAGUACGUGCUUAAAAUUUAAUUUUGGAACAUUUGAUUUUCUAUAAAAGAAACAUGUUUAUCAGUCUAUUAUUUUUGGAGUUUGUAAAAUUAUGAUGCAAUGCUAUGCAUACAUAUAUGCUAAUUGUAUUGACCAUUUGCUUUCAGUUUUACCCUUUUAAGUAUCAUUAAACCUGCUGACAACGUU